AUGGUGUCACUCGCGCUGUUUGCAAUGACGCUUGUCGCCGUGCCCCUCCAGGCGGCGACCACUGCUAAGAGAGAAUCUAACAGUUCUGGUCCGUCCGGUCUUCUGACCUUCAGAGCCGACGGGAGCUUCCAGAUCUCCGUCUUUGAAGACCUGCAUUUCGGUGAAAAUGCCUGGGGCUCGUGGGGCCCUCAGCAAGACCUUAACUCCGUCAAGGUCAUCGACAAGAUCCUCGAAGCGGAGUGUCCGGACCUGGUCGUUCUCAACGGUGACCUUAUCACUGGUGAGAACGGCUUCUUGGAGAACAGCACCGUCUACAUCGACCAGAUCGUGCAGCCCCUCGUUGACCGGAACUUGACAUUCGCGUCGACGUAUGGCAAUCAUGACUACGACUUCAACAUCUCGGGCGAGGCCAUCCUCGCCCGAGAGCAUCAGUCGGCCAACAGCCGGACGACGCAGAUGGUGCUGGAUCCUAACGCCGGAGUCUCGAACUACUAUAUCCCAGUCUACGAUUGCGAGUGCUUGAGUGAGGAUUGCGUGCCUGAAUUGAUACUCUGGUUCUUCGACAGCCGGGGCGGGUUCUUUUUCCAGCAGAAGGAUGCGUCGGGCGAUAGGGUCGGUCAGCCGAAUUGGGUCGACUUUAGCGUAGUCAACUGGUUCCUCCAGACAAACGACGAUCUCGUGAAGACCCAUGGGAAGGUCAUCCCCUCGCUCGCUUUUGUCCAUAUACCUACAUACGCGUCGUACGCUUUCCAGCAGGCUGGCGUCGAUUCAAACAAGGAACCCGGCAUCAACGAAGAUGUGCCCCUGGUGCCACAGGCCCAGGGAUGGUGUCCAGACGGCCGCGACGACGACAGCUGCACAUACGGCGGCCAGGAUGUCCCGUUCAUGCAAGCUGUAUCAGCGACAGCGGGACUGCUGGCCCUGUUCUCCGGCCAUGAUCACGGCGAUUCAUGGUGCUUGAAGUGGGACAAGCAGCUGCCGGGCAUGGAAGUGGCGCCGCAGAACAACAUCAGUCUCUGCUUUGGUCAGCACACAGGCUAUGGCGGCUACGGGAACUGGGAGCGUGGAUCGCGGCAGAUCGUCGUCUCGAAGUCUGAACGCACCGGCUCCAAAGCCACCGGCUCCAGAGACAAGAGCUCCAAAGACAAGAUCCCCACAGGCAAGAGCUCCGAAGGCACCGGCUCCAAAGGCAGCGGCGCCAAAGCCCUUGAAAGCGACGAGCCAAAACCAAACUUGGCGCUGGAGGAAGACUAUCUGAGCCCGGUCGAAUACAUACGCACCUCUGACACAGCACCCGUACUUGGUGUCCCGCAGAUAGAGUUUCACACGGUUCGCACUCUCGUCAUAUUCGGCCCGCCAGAUGAGCAGCAAGCAGACGAGAAGUUCCUCAUCCUGAAGAGACAUUUUUUCAAGCACGUAGAUUGGUUCCUGUGCGUAUUCGACCCAAUGUUGGAUGGACAGAUAAAUAUCCGUCUCCUCGCUGCCAAACGACAAAACCCAUCUCCUCUUUCACCCACACAAAUACUCAAGCACGCAUCGCACUUAUCGCACUUAUCUGUACGGUACGCGCCAGCACUCGAUCGUUCUUCAACGACCAAGUUCAACAUUACCACAUCUUCUCCUUCAUUACCCAUAAUACACCAUGAACUCCAUCAUGGUACUUACCGCGGCUAUGUCCCUCGCCGGACACGCCGCCGCCAACACCACCUCCACACCGAAGUCAGCGCCGCCAACUACACCAUUCCCAUCAACAGCAAGUACAAGGGCAGCGACAGGAUGCCGAUCGAUGAGCUGCCCGAAUGCUACCGUAAGUGCAUCGACAAUAACUGCUGCAACAUGAUGCUCGGCGGCCCCGGGGACGUCCGCCAACUUACCUUUCACGAAUUCUGCCACUCGAAGUGGUCCUACGUCGGGAACUGGAUGUUCGACCACCUGGCAGACUGCGUGUCGCCCAAGUGCAAGUCCUGCUGGCCCGAAUGCAGAGACGGGUCGGACAUGUGGAUGAAGCGGGUUUGUGGUCACCCUGGAUAG